AAUCUUAAAGUUAGGUUAGGUCGUCUAGUCUAUUACAAAUUUUCGCGCAUGCGCAGAGAGCGGUCACAUUUGCAUUUUAACGUAUGCUGAUUACAUUUCGACUUGGCACCUGUCUUUCGAAGUUUUAAAGCGAGGUUAUGUAUCUCAAAUAUAUAAACACCAGCUUUUUAUCCAAUUUUUACAAAUACUUGCAUUUACCCUUAAAUAAUUUCUUUGCCCCGAUUUACCCAGUAUCCUGGUUUGCCUGCAAAAGUAUGUCUAAGUUAUGGAAAAAAUAUUUGCUGUGGUUUGCCCAGGAACAUGUUGAAUUCAGAUAUGCAGAAAUUGAGUCGUUACUUUCCCUAUUUAACAUCGAGAUGAAGUAUGAACAGAAACCCCAAAAUCAGGAGCCCUUUUGGUUGGUUGAGUUUUCAUCAGAAUCGGACGCCAAACUGCUAACCAGCAGGUCAGUCUCCUUACGCAAGUGCUUGGAACUUUGGGGCCACGAAAAGUCCAUUGAUCUCCUACAUAGCACCGUAAGGGGCAAGUCUGGAAGCUUUGCCGCCUAUUUUGAACCAUCAAAGUCGUUUAAAAUAGAAGUUGAAACCGUUGGCAGGCACUUUACUCAGCAGGAGAAGGUUGCAAAGCUAGAAGCAUUUGAUUACUUGCCAAUACGGGGCCCAGUUAAGCUGAAAGACCCCGAUGUCUGUCUGCAGUAUAUUGAGUUUUACGGCACCAGAACAGUCAACAUCCCAACUACGCCCUAUGAAGUAUUUUUCGGAAGGAAUGUGGCAAGUGGCCUCAGGCAGCUCUUAAAGAAGCUCUCAUUGAAAACCAGGAAGUUUAUUGGAAAUACCAGCAUGGAUCCGCAGCUCUCAUUGCUAAUGGCAAAUCAAGCUCAAGUGAAUAGUGGCAGUAUUAUUUUGGACCCAUUUGUAGGCUCCGGAUCUUUGUUGGUGGCUGCUGCUGAGUUCGGUGGCUAUGUUUUCGGAUCUGACAUCGACUAUUUGAUGUUACAUGGGAAGACAAAACCGACCAGGAUUAAACAGCAGAAAAGAGCCAAGGACGAGAGUAUCAAAGCCAACAUAAAACAAUACAACUUAAGCCACAAAUACAUUGAUGUGUUAAUAAACGACUUCAGCCUGUCCUUUUGGAGAGAUUCCAUGGAAUUCGAUGCCAUAAUAACAGACCCUCCUUAUGGAAUCAGAGAAGCCACCGAGAGAGUGGGAACGGAGAAGCAAAAUUACAUAGUCAGCGAUGAACAUUUGCCCACUCACGUACCCGCAAAAAUCGAAUACGGAAUUCCCAGCAUCUACCGAGACUUGCUGAUAUUCGCAUCUAAACACUUGAGACUAGAAGGACGACUAGUUUGCUGGUUUCCAGUAUUCAGGGAAGAUUAUACGGAAAAAUGCCUGCCCAGGCAUCCCUGCUUGACUCUGAUCGCCAAUUCCGAACAGCCGCUCAGCAAAGUGACCUCAAGAAGACUGCUGACGUACAAAAAAUUGAAACAUCCCUCUGUGGACGAGCUCAACAUAAAGGAUACGAACAUUCAGGACUUCAGGGACAAAUACUUUGUGGUUCGGGAAGAGUGCAGAAGGGUGAAGCGCCAAAAGGAAGCUGCUCUUCGAAAGGAGAACUGGGAAAAAUAUGCGAAUAGCAAACAAUAAAACAUGAUUUUAUUUGGA